AUGGAUUUCGCCUUCUUGGCACUAUGCAUCUUUUACUUUGUUGUGAUUUUUCUAGUUCUGUCGAUAGUGCACGAUCAAUAUGAUGUUUAUCAGAAACUUAAAAAUAUUCCUCAAAUCGACAGAUAUCCUUUUGGUGUGAUGUUUGAGCUAAUGAAUCUGUCAAACUAUGCAUGCACGAAAAAAUUAUUAACGCAUUUGGAGAAGAUGAAUAAAGAAGGAAUAUACGUACAAUGGAUUUUUGGCCAACCAUAUAUUAAUGUGUUUAAACCAGAAUAUUUGGAGCUUAUUCUUCCCAGCACUGUAAAUAUCACAAAAGGGGCACAUUAUAAAUUACUGGAACCCUGGUUAGGCAACGGACUUAUAACAUCUACAGGUAAACAAUGGUUCCACGAUAGAAAACUCAUCUGGCCAACAUUCCAUUUCAGUAUAUUAAAUCAAUUUGCUGUGAUUCUGUCUGAAAAAGCAGAAAUCUUAACAACGUGUCUAGAUAGGAAAAUAGAGAAAAAUCCAGGGAAAGCCAUUGAUAUUUGCCCUUUUAUUUUCAAUGCUGCUCUUGAUAUUAUCUGCGAAACGGCAAUGGGUGUGGAUAUACGUGCUCAAGAAGUCGUAACCAAAUAUACAUCAGCAGUACAUACAAUAUCCUGGUUAAUAAUGACACGAAUUUUUCGACCUUGGUAUUGGAUUAACUGGUUGUUCUAUUUAUCACCUAGAGGAAAGCAGUAUAAAUCAACGCUUGACACAUUGCACGAAUUUACGAAACAAGUGAUAUGUAAGAGAAAGGCUGAACGAAAAUUGCAAAACGACUAUUCAGAACCUAAAAAUGAGAACAAUGAAUUUAACAUUGGUAAACGUAAGAGGAAAGCGUUCUUAGAUCUAUUAUUAGAUCAGAAUGCAAAGGAUGACUGUCCUUUGACCGAUGACGAGUUGAGAGCGCAGGUUGACACGUUUAUGUUUGCGGGACAAGACACAACUGCAAUUGCGAUAAUCUGGACACUCUUUCUCUUGGGCAAUAAUCUCGAGCAUCAGGAAAAAGUUCACAAAGAACUCGAAGAAGUUUUUGGAGUUUCGGAGACACCAGCUAGCGUAAAGGAGCUGUCGCAACUAAAAUAUCUCGAUAGAGUUAUGAAAGAAACGCUUCGAAUAUUACCUAGUAUACCUGUGAUCACGAGAAAAUUAACAGAAGAUGUAAAAUUGGGUAACAAUAUCCUUCCGAAAGGUCUUACGAUCGGAAUGUCAAUAAUAUUUAUACAUCGGAACCCGGAGAUUUGGCCGGACCCAUUGAAGUUCGAUCCGGAUCGCUUCCUUCCAGAAAACUCGAAGCAUAGACAUCCAUAUGCCUUCAUUCCGUUCAGCGCUGGACCGAGAAAUUGUAUAGGUCAGAAAUUCGCUUUAAUCGAACAGAAAAUUUUGUUGACUGCUGUUCUCAGAAAGUGGAGGGUAAAAAGUGUGAAAACAAUCGACACAAUCAAGUACGGUGGCGCUAUCCUUUUGCGACCCAGAGAGGAAGUACUCAUACAUUUCACCCCUAAAAAGUAAACAAUUGGGUAACAAUUACAUGUUUUUUAUAAUUUCUUUCCGUAUUAAUUCUUUUA